AUGGAUAAGAUACCAGCAAAGUACCUAAUUCAAAAGGGACGUAUAGUGACCACCUGGUCUAUAUGGCCGGUGAAGGAGCGGGUCUCGAUCUUGCGCUGUUUCAACUGCCUAGAGUUUGGCCAUAGAGCUGAAAGGUGUACUGGAGCAGACAGGAGAGGUGAAUGCAGGAACUGUGGCCAGGCAGGACACCAGCGGAAAGACUGCAAGAACACCUCGUUUUGCACUACCUGCAAGACAGCUGGACAUCGAGCAGACCAAAUUAGAUCCGACAAAAAAGCCUCGGCUACCCAAACUAUUUGCAACCCAACGGCAGCUAAAAACCUACGUGAAAUGAACAGAAUUAUCGCUGCUGCUAUUAGCGACCAAACAGAUUUUAAGGACCUACACGCCAUGAUCUAUGCUGGGGCGUUCGCGGUUCUAAAGCUAAACGAUCAGAGACCUACAGAUGUUACAAGUCGGAAAGGAACUAAAAGGCAGCCAGCUUGGGAAAGGAGGCUAAGCAAGAACAUAGAUAAUAUCAGGAGCGAUAUAGCUAUCCUAACGCAGUACCAAAAACCGACAUACAGCCAAAGAGUGAAAAAGAAAGGGGACACAAUAAUGCGACGAUAUACAUCGGAAGAAAACCCAACCAUAGUCGAAGUUUUGGACCUUCUAAAGCAGAGACUAUUAGCCUUAUCUCAAAGAGUGAAGAGAUAUAAGAAGAGCAGCCAACGUCGUAAACAAAACAUCCUAUUUCAUAGAAAUCAGAGAGCAUUUUAUAAAUCUGUGGGCAAAGAAUCAGAUCGUACACUACAAGGAAAAACAUCAUUUCCUAACACAGAAGACAUAAGACACUUCUGGAGCGGUAUAUGGAGCAACCCCAGAGAACACAGAACAGCGCAUUGGUAUCAGCAAGAGAAGGCUAGAACUUCCAUACAAGCAAUGCUGUCUUGGACCAUAACUAAGGAUGAUGUAGUGAAAGCAAUAGGUAGGACUUCCAAUUGGAGAGCUCCAGGGCCAGAUGGUGUUCACAAUUACUGGAUAAAGGCAUUUACUUCCACCCACCAACAACUUGCGAAAUGCUACUCAACAUUCCUCGAGAGGCCGGAAACUAUCCCAGAAUUUCUAACAACAGGAGUUACAUACCUGAUCCCAAAAACUGAACAAUAUACUGCUGAUCCCGCAAAAUACAGGCCAAUUACUUGCCUUUCUACAGCGUAUAAACUCCUUACUGCUAUAUGGCUGACAAAGUACAUAAUCAUUUGGAACGUAACAACUUAUUGGAUGAGGAACAGAAGGGAUGUCGGAAGGGCUCAAGAGGAUGUAAAGAACAACUGA